AUGGCAACUUCUAAGCCGAGUGUUCUAACCCCAUAUGAGGAGGUGAUGCCACAAGAACUACCGAAAUGGAAGAUAGAUAAUGUCAACAAAGAGAUGCAACGGUUUCAAGACAAAGUCAGCAAAGCCAGUAAAAGCUCGGCAGAUCCUGAAACGGCAGACAUAUUGAAGUGCAAGAUGGAGAACUCUCAAGCAGCGAUGUACUUUCACUGUUUCGUCAAUGAUAUUGUUACCUGGCAGGGGUCAUCCGCACAGGAGUAUCGCGAUCCCUUGGCAUGGCUGCGAACUGAAGCACGUAUGGUGGUAUUUGAUUUGAAGAACCUCAUGUCAUCCAUGGAAAACGAAUUUAAGAAUGACAAAUUUCUCAGACAAACCUGCUUUUUUGAAUGGAGGGGCAUCAACGUACUAUUGAAUAACCCAAAGAAUGCUGAUGGCGAAGCAAGCCCAAAUAGCCUCUUCAAUUAUAUCCACGCGUUGAAUGUGUGCUUUAAGGACGACAAGGAUUCAGUCUGGUCGGGUUUGUACCUAGGACUGUGUAGAAAGCUGAUGCUUGCAUUUCAAGAUACAGAACUAGGCCUGUUGAUGCUUAUUGAGAGAUAUGAUGGAGAGAACGUGUCUGUGGGGACGCAUGGGGUACGCGAGACACCUGAAUCAACGAGGCCGCAGCAAAGUGGCCUUCGGCGUAGACGCCCAAACGUAGAAUCUCAGCCUUCUUCGUCCGACAGUGAGCUCAGCACCGCUGAUGCUGAUCCCAAGAGCCAUGCUGAAGCGUGGCUACGAUUAGCACAAGCGUCAUACGGAAUUAUCAGUGCAUAUUCUUGGACCGAGUUGAAAGAGGCGCUCUGGAGAGACGAGCGAGCAUCCGUCGCUUGGUCGAUGAUACUCACCUCUACGAGCAGCAUACUCCUUGGCGUAGCCUUCAGCAAGCAUUAUCGCGACAGUCAUCCUGGGUUGGACUCUGACUUCUAUAUACUCUUAUCCGACACCAUUCUCCAGCUUUUCUCUCUCUACAUCUUAAUGAUACCAUUUUUACGAGGCUAUGAGCCAGCCAUCCGAGGCACCUGGUUUGGCUUAAGUAUAGCACUCAGUGUCGCAUUAUCAGUUGCGUGUUGCAUUGUCCACCCCUAUCAAUGGCACGCUUCGGAAGUCAUCCGGUUUGCAGAGCAAAUGCUUCAGUAUUCAGAGCUACAGACUAGAAGCAUGGCAAUGAUGGCAAAUUGCCUUCGCAUCGCAAUUUUCGUCGCCGCCAUACUAUCUCAACUUCUUGUCGACUCUACGCUUGCCACCCCAAUCUUGCAGCCACCAGCAUCGAUUUAUGGCCGAGGUGUUAAUUUCCAAUAUACAAUCGCAGGCUCCAUACCCCAAGUCCAAGUCGAGCUCUAUUACACCCGUGCAUAUCCCCGGGCUGUUAAACAGCCGUACAUUUUCCAGCCAUUUGAAGUGAUUUACUGCGCCCAAAAUUAUAUCGAAAAGAUUCAACUUUUGAUCCAACAGCCAGGCCGUGAUCCAAGGACCGCACUUGGAGACUUCGACACUGGAGAGCGAGAGUACGCGUGGGGCGAAGUUUACAUUGCUUUCGACCACUACGUAGGGCAAGAAGCUCUCACGCUAGGUCAGGCAGAAUACUUAUUGCAAGCUAUCGUGUCGGGCGCACAGGACAGGGAAACUAUUGGUCGGACUUUGACGGAGGAGGCGGCGAUCACAAGUACAUGGGUCAAUCGUAGGUUUACUGGACCGAUGCAAUUGCUCAAAAGGCAGCCGCUUGAAAUUGAUCAGCUACCUUCUUAA